CUUUGCUGCUGAUAUGUAUCAAAGCAAGCUGUUCAGAAAUUCUGAUAAAUUGUUUUCAUGUUUUCAGUCUUAACACCUCAGAUCUUUUUUUUGUUUUAAAUUGUGUAGUAUGUAUAAAAUUCUUCUGUGACAUGUCUAUAGUGUACUAGUCCUGGUGCAUGCGUGGUUACGAUCAUGAUUUAUAAUUUGAUGACGGACGGCUUCCAAGCAUAAGAAGGAACAAACACAAACAGAAUGGGUGAAAGGAAAGGAGUAAACAAGUACUACCCCCCAGACUUUGACCCAGCCAAACAUGGGUCUCUUAAUGGCUACUGGAAGAGCCACCCACUGCGGGAGAGAGCCAGGAAACUGUCACAGGGCAUUCUUAUCAUCCGGUUUGAAAUGCCCUACAAUAUCUGGUGUGAUGGUUGUAAAAAUCACAUAGGCAUGGGAGUACGAUACAAUGCAGAAAAGAAAAAAGUGGGUAAUUACUACACCACACCCAUCUACAGGUUCAGGAUGAAGUGUCACCUGUGUGUAAACUACAUUGAAAUGCAGACAGACCCAGCCACCUGCGACUAUGUGAUCGUCAGUGGGGCGAGUCGCAAGGAGGAGCGUUGGGAUAUGGCUGAUAAUGAACAGAUAUUGACCACUGAGAGCAGUGAGAAGGAGAAGCUGGAGACAGAUCCCAUGUAUAAGCUGGAUCAUGGGGGAAAGGACAAAGAGAAGCUGCAUGCUGCUCUUCCCACACUCUCUGAGUUGCAGGGGCGCCAGGAGAGGUGGAAGGAUGACUUUCUGUUGAAUUGCACACUCCGCAGGAAGUUCAGGGAUGAGAAGAAGGCAAUAGCAGUGAAAGAGCAGAAGGAUGACGAGGUGAGGAAGAGAACAGGCCUGUCCAUACCACUGGUUCCAGAAAAGGAGGAAGACAAAAGGCUGGCAUCCCUGCUUACUUUUCAGACCAGUGACUCUUAUGAAGAGCGCCAGCGGAGCAAACGCAGAGAGAUCUUAAACCGUUCAUGGUUCUGCUCCUCUCAGCCCCAGGCAGGCACAAGUGGGACUCUUCUACAGAAACUGGCACAAGCACAUCGAGGGGCAGCGCUGACUGCAGCUGCAAAGGGUCCUUAUGCUGUUACACCAAACAGCCUUCUUGGUGUCAUCCGCAGGAAGACAGACAGUGCAAAGCUGUUGGGCACUGCCAUGGAGGCCUGCAAGACAUCUGACCCUGAGGCCUUCUUCAGUAACAACAUAGAGGAGAGUGGGGAUCCUGAAAUCUUAGAGGAGUGCUCAGCACAACUUGGAAUGACAGCAGCGUCUACAGUAAUAAAUUCUGAAAUGAAGGCCAGCAUGAGCCAUAUGUGUACAGAGACUGAUACUCCUGACACAGAUGCUUCUGCAGCCAAUGGCGCAGUGAUAUUGUCAGGUGGUUCAGAGAUACCGGAGGAUGGGGAGAAUGGCUCCCAUGCUAUACUGUCUCUGGUAGCAGAUUAUAGUGAUUCAGACUAGAGUGAGAGCCAGGAUCCUGAGGCAUUUGCUGUGGAAGAGAACAGAGUACUGGGACAGUUUGCCCUUUGGAAAGUGAAAUGGAGUAAAAUUUAAGUGUGUGUCUUCUGAACAGAGCAUUGUUACAAAGGGUGAGUUUAAUUUGGAAAUGAACAUAUCUAAAGCUUACACUUGUACAAACUUCCUUGUCAAUGGACAUCUGUUGUGAGAUUUACAUUAAUUUAGAAGAUGCUUUUAUCCAAAGCAGCUUCCAGUGAACUGUUUUGUUAUCAG